UACAGACGUACCCAAAGUGCAAAAGUCAAACUGCUAAUCAUCUCGGGAUGGAAGAGUCAGUGCUGGAUAAAUUGCCACCUUUGUGCAAUACUCCGAAGGAUUCUGGGGCAGCACCUGCACAGGGGACUAGCUCAGGGAAACAGCAAAUGAGUGCAGCUCUGAGGGAACGAUUAAGGAAAACAAGACGUUCAUUUAAUGCCAAUUUCACAGUGGCAAAGCGGCUCAAAAUAGACACUGAUGAAAAGGACUCUGCUGGUGCUGACAGAGGGUGCUUGCCAGAGACAAGUACAGACUGUUCUAGAUUACAAGAUGGUGCUGAAAACCUGGAAGGAAAUGGCACUGGACACACAUGUUUCAAAGGUCCCUCACAGGAGAGCGAUCCCUGUGGAUCAGCAGAGAAUUCAGAUGUGCAGCAGGUUGAUCUUGGUCAGCAGCAGUCCCUGGAAGAAAAAGUAAAGCUGGUGAAACAAGUGCAAGAGAAGGAAGAGCUGCUUCGUAGGCUCAAACUGGUGAAGAUGUAUCGAUCCAAGAACGACCUGUCUGAGCUGCAGGCUUUGAUAGUGAAGUGGAGAAGCAGCACCCAGCUGAUGCUGUAUGAGCUGCAGUCAGCCUUUUCUGCAGAUGGCAAGAAAGUGAGUCUCACUCAGCUCAUCGAUACUUUUGGGUUAGAAGACCAAUUACUGCACUACAGCAGAACAGAAGAAGAUUUUGUAGAUGCAUAAUCUACAGCUGCAGAGCUUUCUUUUCACAUACACAAAAGCAGAAAAGACUGAAUAAAUUCUGAUUGUGUCAGAAGUGUUGGUCAGACAAUGGACUUUAUGCUUUGGGGUUAGGAGGUUUUCUCCAGAGAUACUUGUAAAGCUGUGUCUAUACAUACAGUAGGCACUGUAAAAGGCAUUACUUAAUGGAAAAAAAAUCAAACUGGUUAUGUUUUGGAGAAUCUGUAUUAAUGACUUGGUCAGUGAAUUUUUAUUUAAUAAAAAUAAGAUUAAGUCAUAGUUUAACAGGUAGAAAGCAGUCCAUUUUUUUAUUAGUCUCUGCAUGGUUACUUGUAUUGAAAUAACUCAAAUUGUCAAUUCUGUUCAUGUUCAGAUGGGGAACAAUUCAGUUUGUUUGUAGAUACACCCAUUUUACAAAUGUCUUCCUGGUGCCAGUCAGCCAAUGAAACCAUUUUGUGAGUUAAGUGAAGAUAACUAAUUUUGAUGAUGUUAAUAGUCCGGAGCUGAGAUAAGAUGUUCUCACUAGCUUUAACUCCUGCUGAGGGAAAUGUGCUGUACUGCAGUUGCAGUCUCUUCAGGGCUGCUGUCUCAUAAGCAUCCUGCCACAGCCUGAGGUAACAGAAGGAAAGGCAAGAAAUGUGAUACCAACUUUCCACUCUCCUACUCCAUCUGAGAGCCAAGGUGUUUUCCCUUUUUAAAUAAGUAAGAGAAACAAGGCCUUUUUAAUGGGAUUGCUUCAAACACAGCAUCAUCAAGCUGAAUAAAUCUUUACCAUUUCAUUUAUUCUCUAAUAAAUACCUUUUUUUAGAAAUUAAUUUAACUUGAAAUUGCUCACUUUUAUUUUCC